GCUAAAUCGUAAACGCCGGAGUCAGGCUUGCUCUAUAAAUCUCGGCUUUCUUGGCCAGUCAUUAGAUCCUAGGACAACCAAAUCAGUCCAUAAUCGAUUCUCACUUGCUCGGUAACGCUAAAUAUGUCAACCUUCAUCACGUCUGCGAAUAUUGCGGCUACUAUUGGGCUGGCCGCAACCAUGAUGGGCUCCAUCGUCACGCUAAAACCAGAACUCGGUAUCAAAAUGUGGCACUUCGAUAUUGCGUCCUCCGAGGAUUUCAAGGAUCCAAAAUCGAAAAAUAGGAGCCUGAUCUUGGACGAGCUACGCCUGUUCGCCAUACGCGAGUUCUUCAUUGGAGCAAGCCUGUUUGCGGCAGCAUACUUCGGCAACCACAAGACCUUAGCUGCGAUGUGCUUGCUUGGGGUCCCGGUGGUCACUAUUGAUGGCAUUGUGCAGCGGAGACAGGCACCGAAGGCGGAUUGGUGGGUUCACUUUGCGUUGGCGCCGGUGUUCGCCGGGUUAGGUGUUGUGUCGUGGAGACAGCAAUGAUUGAUAUCGCUUCCCUCGGGAUGCGGUUUUGGGUUAUGUGGCGUGCUGGACACAAAAGAGUCUGGUUGAUUCGAUCACGAGGAACUCCAGAUCGUUGGUUGAGUUGGCUGAAUCUCAAGGUGAAGCACCUACAAAGAGAAGGGGUUUCCACGCGUUCGCGGCGGAAAGGUUUGGCUUUCAAAUUCAUCAUCCAUGGUUCACACGCUGUCAGGGGCUGACCGAACCGGUCGUAGCGUUGACAAGUUGAAAGGAGCGAACGGCCUCGAAAAGGGAGGGUGGAAAAUGGGCGUCGACUCGCCGUCGGCGCAUUUAAAGCGGUUAUUUAAGCGCUAGCUUUGGUCAUGCAAACUUCUAUCUUUAGGCAAUG